CCUGGCAACCGCCAAACACAGAAACGUCCAUUGGAUUGCCAGACAGAGACACUUGAUUUGUCACUCCAGAGAACACGUCUCCACUACUCUAGAGUCCAGUGGUGGUGUGCUUUACACCACUGCAUUCGAUGCUUUGCAUGCUUUGGUGUAAUACCACUAACAGUUGACCAUGGAAUAUUUAGUAGGAUGGAAAUUUCACGGGUGGACUUAUUGCUCGGGUGGCAACCUAUCACGGUGCCACGCUUGAAUUCACAGAGCUCCUGAGAGUGACCCAUUCUUUCACAAAUGUUUGUAGAAGCAGUCUGCAUGCCUAG